CGAAAGUUGAUAUUAGACAGUGGUUCUUAAUAACCAGUACGCAACCUCUUACAGUCUGGAUGUACAAGGAUAUUCUGCUUCGUUUCGCGUCGAAAGAUUUUACUCUCGACAAUUUCCACGAAUCGAUUCAUUUAUGUAACACGACUGUGCAGUUGAAGUACAGAAAGACAAUAAAGCAGAACGCACAGAUACCCAGCGAACUUCACUGGAAUCUUCAGAAAUUCAAGGAAUACUUGAAAAAUACCGACCGAGAAUCAGCAUGGGAGGGACUCAUUAAACCAGGUAUCAAGCAAAAUUUAAUUGGCGCACUUCUGGCAUCCCAAGAAAAUAUGGUCAAUCGAAAAAACAGUUUCCAAUUAUACGGCGCUGAUUUUUUAAUAAUGGAUGACCUAUCGGUCUGGUUAAUCGAAAUAAAUACAAAUCCACGAUUGCAUCCUCCGAGCAGUACUGUUACCGAGGAACUUUAUCCAGAAAUAAUAGAAGAUACUAUUAAAGUGGUUAUAGAUCGUCGUAAAAAUAAAAAAGCUCCUCGUGGUAAGUUCGAGUGCAUCUUCAAACAACGCAGUCCAUUUUACGGGAACGUUCUAGGAAAAGGAGCGAGUCUUGGAAUUCGCGGCAAGGCACUACUUUCAACAGCAAAUUCACCUCGAAAACUAUAAAAAAAAAACAUCAGCUUUUCAUAUAAAAAAGUAUUCCAGUAGGAUGACAAAGGACAAUUAAAUAAGAUUUAAUAAAAACGUUUAUUUUACAAGUAACAAUGUUUUUAGGUAUACAAUCCUAAAUGAACAGAUCUUUUUUCGUUAUAUCAAUACAUAUCUAUACACAAAUGCGCACAAGAUAUACUGGUUCAAGUCCAAGAUAUACUGUUGCAUUCAUAUGUUUUGAUGCGUACAAAAUGAUCCAUUCAACAUUGCAUUUGUCUUUUCAUAUUCCUUACUUUAAUUUUGAUUAGAAAGAACAUGUUUACGUCAGUUCUUCUUUAUUUUUUGUUGACAAAACGAAUUCUAUAUUAGGUUCUAAAUGUAUGCAUAUUCCA